AUGGGUUCCACCACUACAGAGCCGUCUUCCCGGGGCAAGGCCGAUGAGGCCCUUGCGACAAGCUCCGGGCUUGAGUCACCAGCGGAGGAAGAAAAGCCUCAGCCCAAAUCUCUUCGGUUCAAGCUCACUGUGUUCUUCCUGUGCGCUGUCACGGUCGUCGGCGCAAUGGACGCCGUGAUAGUAGCAGCUUGCUUGCAAGCCAUAGCCGAAGACUUUAAGAGCACCUCCGUCGAGUCCUUCUGGGUUGGAACAUCGUUCCUUCUCGCGCAGACCGUCGCAAUCCCCAUCUAUGGCACAACAAGCGAGAUCUUCGGACGCAAAUGGCCAAUACUCACGGCCGUUUCCAUCUUCACAUUCGGCAGUAUCUUGUGUGCCACUGCGAAGACGGUCACAUGGCUGAUUGGCGCACGAGUGGUGCAAGGGCUCGGUGCCGGUGGCAUGAUCCAGCUCGUGCAGGUUAUUCUGUCCGAUAUCAGCACGAUGAGUGAGCGCGGGCUGUAUAUGGCCUUUGCGGCGUUGGCUUGGAGUCUGGGGACAAACGUAGGUCUUCUUCAUUCUGCGCUUGAGAGCAUGACGACGUUGGCCUAUUCUGCCCCGGCAGGCCUGGUGGCCAGUAUUAUCGUCAAGCGGACGCAGAAGUUCAAGCUUCUGAUUUCGAUUGGAUGGGCCCUGCUUGCGGCAGGAGUGGGCUCCAAUGUCACAAUGAAGCCAGACAGUAGUAAAGCUAUUCUGUACGCUCCUCGCUGUUUGGCGUCCAUCGGUGCCGGCAUCUUGUUCCCGAUGCCUCUGUUUGCUGUGCAAGCUCGGCAACGAGGAGAGGACAUUGGCAUUGCAACCAGUGUUCAGGUGUUCGCCCGCAGUCUCGGCACAGCUUUCGGAGUCGGACUCGGCGGAGUCAUUGUCCAGAAUGAAUGGACGAGGAUCGUCUCCCGGAACGUGAGAGAGAACAGGAUACCGGCCAGCCUGGCAAUUCCAGGCAGUCACGCCGAGAUUGCAUACGAGAUCAUUGAAAACUUUCCAGAGCCAAUACAGGAAGCAUAUCGAUGGGUGUUUUCAGAUAGUCUCAAGACCAUCUGGUGGGUGCUGAUGGGCCUGUCAAUUGGAGGGUUUUUGAACUUCAAUGACAAGACAGCCAUUGGGCUCGAGGAUGGACGGAUCCAAGACAAAGCUAACCAGCAAUAA